GAAAAGAGGCUCGCUUAGGAAGUUAUGCAAAAUGUAGCGGGAGACUAGAGGCUGGAGGAGAGGAGAUCCUGAGGCAACGGAAGAGAGCUGCCAGGACUGCCAAGCAGGGGAAGGAGUCAAAUUGGGGGAGACGGCUGCCUACUUGCUUCCUACACAAUGUUCUGGGUAAACAAAACAAGGCUGUUAGUCCUCCUGGUGCUCCCACUUGUAGCGUUCCUCUGUUUUCAGCAGUUGUACAGCUCCAGUCAUCACCCUCAUCUAGCACCGAAGCCGGCCCACAUGCAUGUGCUGGUCCUGUCCUCCUGGCGCUCGGGCUCCUCCUUUGUGGGCCAGCUCUUCAGCCAGCACCCUGACGUCUUCUACCUGAUGGAGCCAGCCUGGCACGUGUGGACAACUCUCUCCUCUGCCAAUGCUGGACAGUUACAGAUGGCUGUGCGUGACCUGGUGCGCUCUGUCUUCCUUUGUGACAUGACUGUCUUUGAUGCCUACAUGGCCCAGGGUCCAAGGAAACAGUCCAGAAUCUUCCAGUGGGAGACUAGUCGGGCACUGUGUUCCCCACCUGCAUGCCAGUUCUUUAAUAGAGAGUCCAUCAUCCCUCAGACUGACUGCAAGAUCCUAUGUGGCAAGCAGCCCUUCACUGUGGUAGAAGAAGCCUGUAAGUCCUAUAGUCAUGUAGUGCUCAAGGAGGUGCGCUUCUUCAAUCUGAAGACCCUCCACCCACUGCUGACUGACCCCUCCCUCAACCUGCACAUCAUUCACCUUGUACGUGACCCCCGGGCUGUGUUCCGCUCCCGCCAACACACAGAACAGGAGUUGAUGGAGGACAGCCAUAUUGUCCUGGGGAACCAAUGGGAUAGAAUAACGAGAGAGGACCAGCCCUAUCACUUGAUGAAAACUAUCUGCCAAAGCCAAGAAGAGAUCUAUAAGGCAGCACAGGUGCUACCAGACUCCCUACGAGAACGCUACCGGCUAAUACGUUAUGAAGACUUGGUAAAGGACCCACUGACCCAAACUUCCAACCUCUAUGAAUUUGCAGGGUUACCCUUCCUGCCUCAGCUCCAAACCUGGGUGCAUAACAUCACACAGGGCAAGGGCAUGGGAGGACAUGCCUUCCAAACAAAUUCCAGGAAUGCCCAAGAUGUGGCCCAGGCCUGGCGUCGGUCCUUGCCACAUGACAAGGUAAUCAGAAUACAGAAAGUUUGUAAAGAUACCAUGAAGCUGCUGGGCUACCUUCCUGUAUUGUCUGAGAAAGAGCAGAGAAAUUUGUCACUGGAUCUUCUGUCUACUCUUGAGAUCCCCUAA